UUACUUUAUAAAGAGAAAACGAAACUGAAAUAUGUUAUCGUUCUAAUCUUUCUACGCCAUUUCCGUAACGAAACAAGAAACCUGCCAAGCACGUAAACUUCCAAAAAGAACUUCAAUUGCCAUUUCGUCUUUUUGGAUUUAACAUUCUGCCAUUUGUGUCAUUACCCUUGAAUCUCCUCACAAUCUCUUUCUUCUUCGAACAAUCCUUGAGAAAAGCCCCUGGAAACCAAAUCCCAUGUCUUCCCUUCUCUCCUCACCGGCCAGAAUUUUGCCCACUCUCCAAACAAAAUCCUUUCAACCUUAUUUUUCUUCACUACCCAUUUCCAAAAAUUUCAUUUCCCUCCUCGGAACGUCUUCGUCGAUGCCGAAACCUGCGGCUGGGAACCGAUUGUUCUCGAUCAUGUCCAGUGCUGAACCUCCCAAUGGACUGCAGGGAUCAAGGGUUAAGGGAGCCGAAUCCUUUCUUAGGAAUGUUUUGGCGAGCAUGGAGGCUGUUUAUCUGAGUCGGAAUCCCACUGCAAAAUCAAUUUUGGAGCUUGUUCGAUCUGCUCAUGAUGAUACAAUUUGUUAUGAUCAUAUUGCAUUUAGAACUUUUGGGAUGGACGGGCAUGGGAUUGACUCAUUAGCAAGCUUUUUUCUGGAUUUUGGAUAUACUCAAAAAGAGGAAUUAUCAUUCCCAGCAAAAAAGUUGAAAGCAUUUUGGUUUUCACCUCCCUCCAUUUCUAAUGCUGCUUAUGAUGGUGAUGGAGUCAAUGGACCUCUGCCAAGAGUGUUCAUAUCACAACUUCUGGUGGAUCAGAUGAGUAAACAAACUCAGGACAUAAUCAGAAAAUACACUAAAUGUUCUUGCAAUGGGAAGAAGCAUGCUGCUCUGGCAGGUGCUCUGGGUUCCUUGACAUGGGAAAAGCCUUCGCAUUCAGAGUUUGAACAAUUAACAAGGGAGAGCGAAUAUGCUGCGUGGACUCUUGUGAAUGGUUAUGCACUUAAUCAUGUGACUAUUUCGACCCAUCGCCUAAAAUCUCAUCUGAAAGAUAUCAAAAGCCUCAAUCUGUUCAUUGAAGAGAAUGGUUAUAAACUAAAUUCUGAAGGUAGUGUUUUAAAAGUAAGCCCGGAUGGUCUUCUCCUGCAAAGUUCAACCCUUGCAGAUUCAAUUUCUUUUGAAUUUUCUGAUGGCAUUACUGCUUCCGUCCCCUGUUCAUACAUCGAGUUUGCUGAACGUUUGGUACUGCCUCAGUAUAAGCAUCUUCCAGAAACAGAGGUAAAGGAGUAUCACAGAAGGGAUGGCUUUGAAGUAGGAAAUGCUGAUAAGAUCUUUGAAAGUACAUCCAAACAGCAGCAAAUGGCAAACGCUUGAAGCCAAAUUGCUACAAAAGGGAAGGGCAUGAGGGCAAUGUGGAAGUAGGAAUUCAACACCCUUUAAAAUAAUUCCCAAUUUGAAUUAUUGGUGCAAAUCUUAGAUUGUCAAUUCUAUCUAUACUUUGAUAUAUGUAUAUAUAGCUGAAACACUUAUUAAUAUGAUAUCGAAUAAUCUAACCUUCUCCCUA